AUGCGCCAAAAACGCAUUAUAUCAGCGAAGAUUCAAGACAAAGAAGAGAUCCCACCAGACCAGCAGAGACUCAUCUUCGCUGGUAAACAGCUCGAGGAUGGUCGAACGCUUGCGGAUUACAACAUCCAGAAGGAAUCAACCCUUCAUUUGGUUCUCAGGUUGAGAGGAGGUAUGCAGAUUUUUGUUAAGACUCUUACCGGCAAGACGAUUACCCUUGAGGUUGAAAGUUCAGACACCAUUGACAAUGUCAAGGCAAAGAUCCAAGAUAAGGAAGGAAUCCCUCCAGAUCAGCAAAGGCUAAUCUUUGCCGGUAAGCAGCUCGAGGAUGGCCGUACUCUUGCGGAUUACAACAUCCAAAAGGAGUCAACCCUUCAUUUGGUGCUUCGUCUAAGAGGUGGUAUGCAGAUAUUUGUCAAGACACUUACCGGUAAAACUAUUACCCUAGAAGUUGAGAGCUCAUACACCAUUGACAAUGUCAAGGCAAAGAUUCAAGACAAGGAAAGAAUCCCUCCGGACCAACAGAGACUCAUCUUUGCCGGAAAACAACUUGAGGAUGGUAGAACGCUUGCAGAUUACAACAUUCAGAAGGAAUCAAUUUUGCAUUUGGUGCUUCGUCUGAGAGGUGGUAUGCAGAUAUUCGUCAAGACACUUACCGGUAAAACCAUCACUCUUGAAGUUGAGAGCUCAGACACUAUCGACAAUGUGAAGGCGAAGAUUCAAGACAAAGAAGGGAUCCCACCAGACCAACAGAGACUUAUCUUCGCUGGAAAACAGCUCGAGGAUGGUCGCACUCUUGCAGACUACAACAUCCAAAAGGAAUCGACUCUUCACCUCGUGCUGCGUCUCCGGGUGGAAGCAUCUGAACAAGAAACUAUGGUUCCAACAUUGACCACCAUUUGA